CUUUUUAAAAUGAUAAAAUUUCUUGCAUAUUCCCCAAAGUGAAACGCGUGAAACGUUAUUCAACGCACUGAAUGUAAACAAUCUCUACAAUCCGUUUCAUUUAUUUCAUCGGUUUCAUCCUACUCGAAUUGUUAAUCAUGGUUUGUGAGAAGUGUGAGGCGAAACUUGGCAAGGUCAUCACUCCAGAUCCGUGGAAGGCUGGAGCACGAAACACCACGGAAAAUGGCGGUCGAAAAGUUGGAGAAAAUAAAGCCCUCACUGCCAAAAAGGGUCGUUUCAACCCUUACACUUCAAAAUUUGAAAUCUGCAGGAUAUGCAGACAAAAGGUCCACCAGGUUGGCUCACAUUAUUGUCAAGCCUGUGCUUAUAAGAAGGGGAUUUGCUCGAUGUGCGGAAAAAAAUUAAUUGAUACCAAAUGCUAUCGACAAUCAUCAACGUAAAAUCAACGAUAAUAUAAUGUUUUUACCUAAAUAUAUUUUGGCAUAUUUCGCGACUAUUUCUGUAAUAUGUUCAGAAUAGCGAAAGAGGUAAGCUCUAGGUAAUUUUAGGGUUUAAAAAUAGAUUAUAUUUACUGAUUACUAUUUUAAGAAAAAAACUCUCAUUUAUAUUGAUGUGAAGGUUUUCUUGAGCUUAUCGUAAAUGUUGAAUGGAUUGCUUAUAAUUAAAUGGAGUAAAAAUGGUUAUUUAAGGAGUAACUCGGGAAAAUGUUCUUGGAUUUUUGGUAAACAAUAGGAUUUUAUUAUUUAUCGUUAUACAAACGAUUGUCUCUUAUGGUAGAAUUAUUGAUACAAAAUCAAAUAUACAAUAUCCAAUAAUAUCAAAUAA